CCCUCUCUUUGGGCCAGGUGCAGAUCGCUCCAAUGGACCUGUACCUAGGUGCAUAGCACCUAUAUCAUUACCCAUUCCCCGACAUGCUCUCCCUUUUCUCCGUUCAGCCCACCUGUCUGGCAGACUCCUCUCCUCGCUGCCAACAGACGUCUCAAGCUCAUACCCGUUGAGCCCCGACUCUCUUUCACCAAUUGCUUUAUCCUAAAUUCCUAAUCUGCAGCCAUGAGGGCUUUCGCACUCGUCACAGGGCUUCUGUCCCUGACUGCUGCUGUCCAUGGCAGGAGUACCAUCAGCCGUGUCAGGUCGGCCGUUAUGGAAAGUCUUCAUGCUGUUCCAGAGGGCUGGAAAGCGAUUGGCGUUCCAGAUCCGGACACGCGCAUGGCUUUCCGCAUUGCUAUCAAGGAGCCAAACCCUGGUCUCUUUGAGCAGACUCUCUACGAGAUCUCCACUCCAGGCUCUCCAAAGUACGGCCAGCACUUGAAGCGUGAGGAGCUCAAGGAUCUCAUCCGGCCUUCCAAGGAAGCUACUGAUUCCGUCAUCGACUGGCUGACGACCUCUGGCAUCCAAGCUGACGAGAUCGAGGAUGAUGGUGAAUGGAUCAGCUUCAUUGCUACCAUUAACCAGGCUGAGGCAAUUCUGAAGUCGCAAUUCAAGACCUAUGCAAGUACCGUCCGCGAAGGUGUUUCAAAGAUUCGCACACUGGAGUACUCUGUACCAGAGAAACUCCAUCAAUAUGUUCGUAUGAUUCAACCGACUACCCGGUUUGGCCAGCUCCGCCCUCAAUUCAAUUCUGUUCACCGCAUAGAGAAGGUCGAGGAUGUUCCGGGUGCUCUCAGCGCUCAGAGUCUUGUCGACGAUGUCGCUGCCGCUGUUUGCAAUACCACAAUCACGCCUGCCUGUCUCAGGAGUCUUUACAAGGUUGGCAACUUCCAAGCAAACCCUAAGAACGGCUUUGUUGGUGUGACAGGAUACCUGGACCAGCUUGCACGUUUCACAGACUUAGCACAGUUCGAGACUCUGUAUGCUCAGAACGCCAUCAAUCAAAGCUUCACUGUCACGAGCAUCAACGGAGGCACGACUGAUCAACUUGGCACUUCAGACAGCGUUGAGGCCAGUCUUGACAUACAAUAUACCGUUGGUCUAUCUGCGCCAAUCCCCCAGAAAUUCUACUCAACCGGCGGUCGUGGUAUCCUCGUCCCUGAUUUGGACCAGCCAAACCCAGAAGACAACCAGAAUGAACCUUAUAUGGAGUUCUUGAAGUACCUAUCUGCUCUACCCGACAAAGAUCUCCCUUCAGUCCUCACAACUUCAUAUGGUGAGGAUGAACAGAGUGUGCCCAAAGAGUACGCAAAGACUGUUUGUGACAUGUACGGACAUCUCGGCGCUCGAGGUGUUUCAGUCCUUCACUCUUCUGGUGACACUGGCGUCGGUUCGGCUUGCCAGACCAACGAUGGGAAGAACACCACUCGCUUCCUGCCAAUCUUUCCAGCUGCUUGUCCCUACGUGACAGCUGUCGGAGGAACUACUCAGGUUGAGCCCGAAGUCGCGAUUGGCUUCUCGUCCGGUGGCUUCUCUGAUAUAUUCCCUCGGCCAUCAUACCAGGAUUCGGCCGUGAAAGGCUACCUGAGCAUCCUUGGCGACCGUUGGAAGGGUCUGUAUAAUCCUACGGGUCGCGGUUUCCCGGACCUUGCGGCACAGUCCAACCGUUUCCACGUUAUUGACAAGGGUCUCGACAUUCUCGUCGGUGGAACAUCUGCCUCCUGCCCUGCUGUCGCUGGUAUCAUUGCGGAUCUCAACAGCGCAAGGAUCGAUGCUGGCAAGCCCAAGCUUGGAUUCCUGAACCCGUGGAUCUACUCUGGUGGUAAAGAGGGCUUUACUGAUAUCGUCAACGGCGGCUCAACUGGCUGUACCGGCCGAGAUAUCUACUCUGGCCUGCCGACGCCCUUUGUACCAUACGCCUCAUGGAAUGCUACCAAGGGCUGGGAUCCUGUCACCGGCCUUGGCACGCCGCUGUUCGAUGUGCUGAAGGAGAAGUCUUGUGGCAAGUAGCGUCAUGUGCCGAGAUGCAGUGAGAGAUGACAGUCUAGGCUUGGAAGAGCCUGAGGCUUC